AUGCUGGCCUGCAUGCGCACCAUCUACGGCCUGAUCUUGGCCUUGUUCGAUGAGGCGUACAGCGUGGCCAAGAUUGAAGGUGUUUCCUUCGCAUCAACGAAGGCCGCGAGCGCUGGGGCAGGCCGACAGAAGUUCAGCCAUUUUGAGCUGUGGUCAAGCUCCGCGCCCGCCAAGAAGAGGAAAGUUCCACCCCCGCCGCUGGCACCCGCAGACAAGGCCUUCACGUCUGCCGAACUUGCACGGUUCGACGGCAAGGGCCCGGGCAAGCCCAUUCUCACCUCCGUCCUCGGGCGCGUCUACGACGUCACCGGCGCGAAGGAAUCGUUUGGGCCGGGAGGGCCUUACGAGAUGUUUGCAGGCCACGAUGGCACCUACAAUUUGGCGGUCAUGACGCUCAAGAAGCACACGGUGGACAAGACCGACUAUACCCUAGAUGCCGAGGACGCCGUGUAG